AUGCGGGACAGCAGGAGGUUCUGCUGGUGCUCGUGUGGACUCUCCUGCGCGCAUUUGACGCCCAGUGCGCAAGCAGCGACUGACACGUGCGGUGAAGCGCGGCAGAACCCAGGUCCGUUCCAAGCUGGGCCAGCUCCCAGCCGCUCAACUCCAGGGCACCGCCGACGAAUUGCUCUUCUCCCGGAACUACAGCGCUAUCUUCGACACAACGAUCUCCGAAACAUUGCCAAGGCACCGCCUACGAAUUCUCCCCCCGAAACCAUGGCCGCCCCUACCGAGGCGCAGAUUGCGCAUCUGGAGCUCAUCGAGAAGCUUGACAUCCACUCAAUCCACAAGACCUUCCGCAGCUCAACCUGGAAGCCGAACCAGCGCCGAAACAAGAACCUCAAGGCCAUUGUUGGUGACGCUUCCCGACGAGAGGCCUCUGCAAUGGGCACGCCCAUGGACGUCAGCGGAAACGUGACUCCGGGAGCCGACGAUGGAUUGUCGACGAGCGGCACCACGACGCCUGCGACAGAAAGCGGCAGCCAGGCCCCCAACCUUGCGCAGGCCUCGCGGAGUCUGUCAAAACUGGUCCUGGAGAAGACACUGAAGCCUACCGGAGGAAUUGUGUCGGCCCCGAAUGCGACGUACACCAACAUCGAGUCAGCGCCCUCGAUGGCACACUCCAAGCACUACUGCGACAUCACGGGACUGCCAGCGCCGUACGUCGACCCCAAGACCCGGCUGAGAUACCACAACAAGGAGGUGUUUGGCCUCAUCAGAACGCUUCCUCAGGGUGCAGCCGAGCAAUACCUCGAGGCUCGUGGCGCCCACACGGUCCUCAAGUGA